AUGAGACAAAAAAGAGCCAAAUCUUACAAGAAACAAAUGAAUGUGUAUCACUACACGUUCAAAUUCCGAGAGCCUUACCAAAUCGUAGUCGACAAUGAAAUCGUACUCACUUGCUCAAACGCAUCCUACGAUAUCAGCAAGGGACUAACCAGAACAAUCCAAGCUGAAAACAAACCCAUGAUUACACAAUGCUGCAUUCAAGCACUAUACAAUAGCAAGAACCAGGAUGCUAUCAACUUGGCCAAGACGUACGAGCGAAGGAAAUGUAAUCAUCGUGAAGCGAUUGAUCCUGCUGAAUGUAUCAAGAGUAUAGUUGAUAUCAAGGGUGAGAAUAAACAUCGCUAUGUGGUUGCCACUCAAAACUUGGACUUGAGGCGGAAAUUGAGGCAAGUUCCCGGCGUUCCUUUAAUCUACAUGAAUCGAUCCGUCAUGGUUAUGGAGCCAUUGAGUGAUGCUAGUGCAAAGUAUAGUGAAGAAUGGGAGACUAAGAAAUUGACUGGUGGAUUGAAUGAUUUACAAGCGGGGAAAGUUGUUGAGAAUGAGGAAGGUGGUGAUGAUGGUGAUAAUGGGGGAGUGAAUGGAGAGGAUGGUGCUCCUCCAGCAAGGAAGAAGAGGAAAGGACCAAAGGGCCCUAAUCCGUUGAGUAUAAAGAAGAAGAAAAAGGCUGACCCUGUCUCGAAUGGUGGCAAUGAGGAUAGCGAGAAGAAGAACAGGAGGAAGAGGAAGCAUAAAAAGUCAGAGGAGACGAGAGGCGGGGAGGGAGAGGAAGGUGAAACAGGCGGAAGCAAGAGCGACGAAGACAACAAGAGGCAACCUACUGAGUCCUCAACUACACAAUCAAAUGCAGACCAGGAAGAAGUUGUAUAG